UGGGGCGGGGCGGGGGCUCCGCGGGGCUCUGUAGGACGGCGGCGGCCCGCACACCCGCCAUGGAUCUGCUGCUGCUGCUGGGGAACACCAGCCUGGGCUCCCCCAACGGGUCCCUGGCGCUGCUGCCCCCCUCGUCGCCUUCCUCCGCCGCCCUCCUGCAGCCUCCUUCCCCCUACUCGCCUGCUGCCGUGGCCAGCCUGGCAGCCCUGGUGGGUUUCAUCAUCGUCUUCACUAUCGUGGGCAACGUGCUGGUGGUGAUCGCUGUGCUCACCAGCCGGGCGCUGAGAGCCCCCCAGAACCUCUUCCUGGUGUCGUUGGCCAGCGCAGACAUCCUGGUGGCUACUCUGGUCAUGCCUUUCUCCUUGGCCAACGAGCUGAUGAACUACUGGUACUUCGGCAAAGUGUGGUGCAACAUCUACCUGGCGCUAGAUGUGCUCUUCUGCACCUCCUCCAUCGUACACCUGUGCGCCAUCAGCCUUGACAGGUAUUGGUCGGUCACGCAGGCGGUGGAGUAUAACCUCAAGCGGACACCUCGGCGGAUCAAGGCCACCAUUGUCACCGUCUGGCUCAUUUCUGCUGUCAUCUCCUUUCCGCCGUUGAUUUCCAUGUACCGGGACCCUGAAGGAGAUGUCUUUCCCCAGUGCAAGCUCAAUGAUGAGACAUGGUACAUUCUUUCUUCUUGCAUUGUCUCUUUCUUUGCACCCUGCCUCAUCAUGGUGUUGGUCUAUAUCCGUAUCUACCGUGUGGCCAAGCUAAGGACCAGGACCCUCUCUGAGAAGCGUACGAUGCCAGAGGGGUCCUCCCAGACUGAGAAUGGCUUAAGCCGCGCUGCUGGGGGCUGCAUGUCCCUGAGGAUGCAGUUGGGAGAGAACGGACAUUAUUCAGUGCACCACUGGCGCAAAGCCUCUGAGCUGGAGGACAUUGAGCUGGAGGAGAGCAGCACCUCAGAAAGCAGACGGAGGCGGAGCCGGGAGGAGCAUCCUCGCAAAAGCAGCAAGAGCCAGUCCUUCUCCUACUCAUAUUCCUCCAAGCACUCCAGUAGCCGUCUUUCCCGCUCUAGCAAUCGCUCCGUGGAAUUCUUCUCAUAUCGCCGUCGUCGGAAGCGUAGCAGUAUCUGCCGUAAGAAGGUCACCCAGGCCCGGGAGAAACGCUUUACCUUUGUGCUGGCCGUGGUCAUGGGCGUCUUUGUAGUUUGCUGGUUUCCUUUUUUCUUCAGCUACAGCCUCUAUGGUAUUUGCCGGGAGGCAUGUGAGGUCCCUGAGACUCUCUUCAAGUUCUUCUUCUGGAUUGGGUAUUGCAAUAGCUCCCUCAACCCAGUCAUCUACACCAUCUUCAACCAGGACUUUCGCAGGUCCUUUAAACACAUUCUGUUUAAGAAGAAGAAGAAGAACUUUAGGCAUUGAGCUGGAGGGAUAAGAGGGGUGAAUUUGCCUUGAGCAGAAGUGGAGUUAAAAGGGAAGGAAAAGGCUCUGUGCUGAAAAAGAAGGGAGGGAAGAGAACAUGGGGGUUGGGGCAUAGAGAGAGGAAAGAGGGCUCGCCCCCCUUGGUCGUGCAGAGUGUGGUGGGAUGUGGGGAUGGUAUCAGGGAGGCUGAGCAUGUUCACUGCGGUGCAGAAUGGCAACAUGGUGCUGAAGGAGCUGUUUUGGGGUAUGGAUGAGUAAACAGGAAAGGGAGGAAUUGUCUUUGAACCCUGAUGGAGGACACAGGGAGUCCACAGAGGAAAUUGGGUAAGACACUGAAAUGGAGAGGCACAGAGCUUAUAGAGGCUCUGCAUUUUGUGGGAAAACAAACAGGGACAGCAAGAGGAAAAGAUUAAGUGGCAGUUGUGGUGGAAUAAUGGAUCUGAGUAUUAACAGAGCAGCUAUGGCCAUGGAUGGGCUUGUCCCAGUAAGAAGCUGGCUAUUACUGCUUAUUUGGGGAAAAGUGCUAGGCACCAGGCACUGGCAGUCUUCUAGAUUAUGAAAGGAUUUAAAUGUUUGCCAAAAAAAAAAAAAAACACCCUAGAGAACAAUCCAAACUCUUUUCUAAAUAAACCUUUGUACUGUUAAAACCUUCUGAAUGAUGAUUUUACACAGGGCUUAAGUCAAGCAUGGGGUAUUCUUUUUCUUUAGAGGGAUUUUUCGCACAUAGAGCUGGUUGGGAAGUGUUUUUCCUAUCUUCCUGUAAAAUUUGUCAGUGGGACAAAUCUGGGAGUUUUGCAUGUUUUCAUGAAAUAUGAUAAAGAGCACAUACACACAAUGACCUUAUUUCCCCCGUUGGAGAUCCAGGCAGUAAAUUCCUACUCCAUCGCUCUCAGAUCAGUGGCCUAAGAAUCUUGCCAUCCUGGAGCAGGUGGCUUGUUUAAGACAAAUAUUCUGUCUUAAACCAAUUUCCAUUAAAACAAAAUCAUUUUGCUGAACCAAACUAAAAUUUUUCUGAAGUCAAAUUUCUAACUAGCUCAACUUAAAUGUACUGUGUGGGGAACUUUCUCCCCAUUAUUGUAAGUUCCCCCUCAAAAAGCUUUUCUCAGGGCUGGAUGGAUGCUGCUCUUAUCCUCAGACAGGCAGUCAGAGGCUCUCUGCUAUGCAGAUUUUCAAAGGAAGAGCAAUCACCACACCACUGAGGUCUUUAAAUCCUUCGUAUUUACAGAUUUAGAGCAAGUAAAUCCUUUCUAUUUAUUUUCUUUAAUGAGAAGCAUACAUUACAGGUUGUCAGUGGUUUGUGUGAACAAAUCUCAAAUGAAGGUGCAGCUGUUCCAGACCUUUAAUAUUAAUGCUGCCUUCUUUCCCUUUUCCUGUUUGCAUUUCUAGUUCAUGAUUUCAGAGUAUUUUGCUGGGGACCAGGGGGGAGAAGGAGUGUUUGGAUAGUUAUUAAAGUAAGCUGUGUUUCCCAUGGAUUUAUGACAUACAAAAUGUCAUAAACUGUAAUGAAGAGAGUUAGAAGCAGGGGCUGGUGUCUGUGUAUUCCUCACUGAGUGUGUACUGAGUGUAAGACUCAGCUGAACAUUUACAUCCUUUCUCCAGCUGUGCUGCUGCAAGAUGUUAUUCUGUUUGCAGGGGUAAAUACUGCUCCAUUUUGUUAUGUGUAUCACUCCUUCCAUAGGUAGUAGGAUUUGGCAUCUGCCUCAAAUGAACCUUUCCAUAAUAAACAGCUCUUUGAAAAAAUAGAAUGAAAUAUACAGCAGGCUUCUUGAAACAGCUACAUUAAAUCUAUACCUGGAAAUCAGUAGAUAUGCCCUUCUUUACUCUCCCUCUUCUGUGUGAAAGUGUCUUUGCCCUCUCUUCUUUUGAAAUCUCUACAUCAGAAGAAGAAAUGAUAGAGCAGUCGGUUUGUUUCAUCAGUUUUUCAUUCAGUUCACUUAACCCUGGAAAGGCAAGCUGGCGGUGGUUACUAUUCUGGUGUUAAUUCAAUAAACAAUUCAACUUGAGGGCCAACUAAAGUGGGAGGGAGUUCUGCCUAAGUGAGGAUUAGAGGAUUGCACCAAACACAUUUAAAGUUUGCUUAAUUUCAUUAAAGAAGCAACUGAGACAUUUUCAGUGUCUUAAAUCCAUAACUUAGUGGGUCCUUUCUUGAAAUAAGGCUUGGAGUUGUAAAAAGAUUUGAACUUUGUUUAAACAUUUGCAUUUAAAAAAGGCUUGUUCAGACAUUUUCAGGAGCAUCCCUAUGGAAAUUACAACUGUUUUGGUACAAGCGUGUACCUGAAACAGACAAAUAGAAGGAAAAAUAGCAACAGACCGAGAGGAGGAAACUACAAGCCAUUUUCUUUUGUGUAAAAUGGGGAAUUCUUUUUAAAAUGACAUCGACAAGAGCUGAGCAAGAUCAGAUAGUUUCUAGGUAAUCAUGUAGCUAAAAAGUUCAGGUUUGUUUUUUAUGAAUAAACUAUAUAAUUGCCAGAGCAACCAAAGCAACAUAUGGUAUAUAGCUACUACCUCUGAGCUACUGGAUAGUUUCAUUAGAGAUACCCAUUCCUACCGAGAUAAGGGUCUGGUAUUGUCACCUAACAUUCAUUUUGAUGGGAUUCCCAGUCUGCAGAAACACAGCAGUUUCACUGUUGCACUGUUUUUUAAGUCAGAUUUGUUGUCUAUAAGUGCAGUCCUUCCCCUUUGUUUUCAUAAAAGUCAUGGAGUCAAAUGAAAUUUAACUGACAAGUUUAAAGUGGAGGUGAAAUAUGUAUGGAAUGGCUGAUGUGCCUUAAAAGUAAUUUCUUUGCUAUCAAAUUAUUCUGUUAUCGUCAUAUAAUGCUUCUGUUUUUGUUUUGCAUUUCAAAAUGCCUAAAAAGGGAUUGAUGCAGAUACUGAACAUCUAUGUACAGCAGUAUAUUAAAACCAGGACAUUCUCUGUGGUUUUAAUUUCUCUGUUACUCACCUGUUUCCAUGUCUGGAGGAUUUUAUUUCUCCUCAGCUAGGUGAAAAGUAAUAUUCAUCAAUAAGGAUGCACAGUAUACACCCCUUUUAAGUGCAUUUCCCUCUAAAUUAGUGAAUACAGAGGAUUCUAUAAAUAUUGUUUUUAAUGUAACUACUGAAUAUGCUUCAAGGAAGUAAAACGGGGCUGAUUUAUUUUUUUAAUUAGUGUUCUGUUAUUACUUGUAAUAGUUGAAGACUGGAAUUUGUAACGUUGUGUGUUGUUAACAUUUCAUAACAAGUUAUCAGCUCUGCAGCUUGCACUGUCGUACUUCCACUCUAAGUUGUCUCAUGACACACCGAGGAAAAAUGCAGCCAAUGAAGCUUUUGCAUAAGAAAAAGGGAGAAGAUAUGUUUCAAAUGUAUUCAUUUGUAUCUUUGAUUACAUCUGAUGAGCUGGUGGAAACACUUUUUCUCUACUAUUGUGGAAGAAAAAAAUGUUACUAUAAAGCCAUAUUGAUUUUAACAAGCAUCUGAUCUUUAACUGUUCAUUUGUGUAUUUCACCAUGAAGAAUAUUUUCUGUCAGUCUAAAGUGAGAAGCUAAUGCUUCAUUUUCAGAACCAAUUUUCUGAACAGUACCACUAUUGGUUUGUUAUUGAAAUAUCAAACAAUACAACUUAGCUAGGAUGAGAACUAAGAGCUGCUAUCAUUCAGCUCCUCUGUGGGAGUUUUGUAUGAGUAAGACCCACAGGAUCAGCCUCUUCAAGACUUGAGGCAGAUGGAGGGUAUCUUAUAUGCAGGAAAUGUGACAGGAUCACAGCUUUAAAGCAUUGUCUAAAGUAAGAAUCAGUCCCUUGUUGUUCUGUGUGAUCACUUUAUAAAGAAAUCCUGUUGCUCCAAGAACACUGACAAUUUCUGGGAAGUAAAACAGGUGAAAGACUGUACCACAACUUUGUGCGCACUGAGCUGCAUCAUCUUUUGUGAGUAAUCCCAGAAAACUUCAUUAGAGUUUUCAUGCGAAUGAGGGAGCUACUCACUGUGGGCAAGGAUGUUGCCUUUUUUCAGUAAAUGUGCCCGUGGAAUGUAAGUAAACAUUUGUAAAUGCAUAGCUAACUGAAAGCAGUCCUCCUGGCUUCACUUUGUUCAAACCUAUAAAACGUGUAGUGUGGGUCAGGGUGUUUGUCAAACCCAUAGAAGGUGUUGGUCAAGGGAUUUUUGACUACAUCAGGGCAGCAAAGCUGAUUGUAUUUUCAGAAUAAGUUAUAUAAAGAAUAUUAUCUCAUUGCAUCUGUUUUUCAGAGAAGAAAACUGUUGGUCUCUCCCUCACUCCCUGGAAGUUGAUAUUGGCUCAAACAGCACCUGAGAUACUGAAGAAUUUUGUAGGACACGUCAGUAAUAGCGUACAUUUCAUGAGAAUGCUCUAACUUUAACCUAUGACUACAGUCAAGAAGGAAGGAAUAGCUACAAUUUGUGCAAACUGAAAGCCAGAUGCUAUUUGUGGCUUUAUUUUCAUGGUCACUCAUGAAGUUGGUGAGGAGCAGGAAGCCAGAAGCUUCAGAUGAAACACUCUAGACUUAGAGGGAACACAGUGUGUGAAGAAAUGAAUACCCAGAGCACCAGAUGAAUUAAUAUUUACCCUCUUUGCACCUUAGACAAGAACAUUGGAGGUUUAUUCCUUGCAUGUUACCCAACGUUAAUUUGCCUUCCAGAUCUAUGGAUCAAGCAGAUUGUACAGAAGAUGCUGUGGGAGGAGGUAGGGUUAGGGAAUUGCUCGCAUCAGUGUUCAACACCUAGCAUAAGUUAGUCCUUUGUCCUUGCAACUGAACCAAAAUACAACUUGUCACUUUGACUCCUAAGGCCAUGUAGCAUCAAUAAUUCUACACUGAGUUCAGUUUACUUUUCACAGAAAACACUGGUUUUUUACAAUCUACCCUACGCAUCUCUGCUCUGAGGCCACUUAAAGCAUGGAAGGAAGGGACAGUGAGCAGUUUGAAGAGCUGUGAGUGUGUUGUGAAAUUUCCCUGGGUCAUAUUCUGAUAAUUGAGCUGGCUUAAAUGUUGUGCCUUCCCAAUCACUUUGAAGUCCUAGGGGAGGCCAAUAGAGCCACGUGACAUGGAAGUUGUGGACAUACUGCUUCUCAGGGAAGCAGGAGUCAGGUCUCUCAGGGAAUAUACCAGUAGCCCAGUGAUAACUCUGUUACUGUUUUCAACAGGAAAGGCUUGGUUGUCUUGAACUCAUGGUGACUGUCAUGCUUGGUUUGAAUUUAGGUGAUAUCUACAUUCGGUACAUUGCUUUAUUUUAAGUGGUAGGCUUAAAACUGCCAGAAGGUUAAAUUGUUUCUUAAAUAUUUACAGAAAUACAGUUUAAUUCAUUUCUCUCUCAUGCACUUCACCACACCAUCCCACAUAUUUUGUAUUUCAACUGCACAGCAGUUGAUAAAAGUGAGGAAGAUUGGUGGCAUCUUAAAGGAAAAGAGAAAGGGAAAGGGAAAGGAAAAGGAAAAAGGACAGGAGCACAGGCACAGAAAAUAUUAUGAAAUGAAACCUGUUCUAGUCCCAGCCUAGCAUUUUGUCACAAGAUCUAUCAGGUAAAAUUGCAGUUCAUUUUUUAAUAGACUGUGCUAAUGGAACUGUUUACACUAGAAAAGAAAAAAGCUUUUCUGUCAAUGAACGGCAUUCUACUAUAAAAUAAUUCGCUGUACUUUUCUGAAAAAUCUAAUGAAAAGUAAAACAGCACUUAAUUCAAUUUGUCUAUAUGAAGCUCUCUUAAAAAAAGGGCUUUAUUACAGGUCCUGAAUGUAAAGUACAAAAAUGUAGCUGCCUGCUUUGUCAAAAUCAAUUAAUUUUAAGUGUUUCAGCAUUUUUGUGAACAGCAGUCGUUCAUUUUCUGUGAUACUCUUUCCUGGCAGCUCUCUGCUGACUGUGAAAACUGUAAAUUCCAUUGACAACAGGGAAAAAAAAAGAUUUGUAUUUCCCUCUGUUAGCUCUGUUAACCCCUUCUAAUUAAUUAAAGUCAGGCCAUGAGAAGUAGUUUUUCUCCUGUGAUGUCUAAAAAGUGGCAUGAGUCAGGGAAAUAAGAACCUCACAGGUUCUGAAUUGUAUGGCACUCACUGCAGAGGUUAACCCUAGGAUGCAGGUACACCCUAUUCUUGAUUUUGUUCUCUAUGCCUUUCACCCAAAAUUUCAAAUGAUUUCCUCUAUGAUGUAACAGUUUUAGCACAGCAUCCCUUUCAAGUCAGUCCAUUGGAGUAAGAAAUUAAUACUGAGGUCUCCCACUUCCUCACUGAGUGCUUUAGCCAACAGAUUAUUUAUAAAGGUGAUACAGCUAAAAUGCUUUUCCUUUAGGCAUAUAAAUGUUUUAUUUGACCUAGCUUUUUGUCUCUCAGUAGACUAACACUUUUGUUUCACAAGGACAUUCUCUAUCUGGAAAGCAAACAUAUGUCAAAUACUGGGAACAGCUGAAUAAAGCAAAAGGCUUAAUUUUGUCUGUCCUGAGGAUGCCCUGCCUGAGACCUGUGAUACGAGCAAUGUGGAGCUGUUCAACUGGGGCCCUUGUAGGCACACAGAGGAACAAUCUCAAGGGUACAGCAAAGGUUAGAGGAGUAAAAUACACUCUACAUAAGGCAGGAGAGCUCUCUCACUUUGUCUUUCUCUUCCCCAAUUCUGCUCUUGAAAGCUGUCCCUGCUUGCAGCCCGAGUACAAUACCCAGCAGACUCUUGCUGAGCCUUUACUCUGUAUGUCUUGGGAUCUGAUCUACAGAAAGACGAUAGUGCUUGCCCUCCCACCAGCUCUUCUGGGAGGAUUCCCCAGAGCAUUGUCUGCGAGGUGCUUCCAUGCUGCGCUGUGCUGUGUGUAAGUACAUCUAACGCAAGCAUGCCAGGAGUGAUGCUAAAAGUCCUUGACUCACUCAACCCAUACUGCAUUACUUUUGGAGAAUUUUAUCAGUGUUCAAUGAUUGUUUGCAGGGUUUUGAAAGCAUCUAUAAAUGUGCAUUCACUAACGUUGACAUUGAUUUAUUUUUUUUUACAUUAUCAGCAAUUUCUGUAACUGAUU